GGCAGCAAACCUUGCACAGGCUCAAGCCCUUCGCUGCCAUGAGUCCACCGAAUGUUUCCGAUCCAAAUAAACGAAAAAAAGAGGGCACCGGCGUUUGAAGGUCUGAUCCCGGUGCCACACGAAGGGCUUCUUCCUCGUUGUCAGUCAAGUCCCGCCCUCAAUUAUAACCCCGCCCAUGUUUAAAGUGAUACCGCCCACCGUUUUCAGUUAGGCGUUUGUUAUUUUCGAUAUAUUUUUUAGUGCGAAUUGUUUCUGUUUUUCUGAGUAAUACAGUUAUUGGUUUGUUUUUGGUCGUACAUCCGUUCUAUUUUUUUCCCCAUCCUGUUUCCGGACUAAUAAUUCCCCCCGAAUUAUCGAGAUACUUCGAAAUCCCGCGAGAAUAGCCACAACCUACGUCACACAGCUCGAGCUGAUCCUUCAAACCUCAAAUUUCCCAGGUGGUUGCGUAAAGUUUACGUACUAAUAGUGAUGCACUUAUACAUAGGACUAACCGCAAAAAAACAAAAAAUAAUAAUUACUUAGAAAACAGAAAUAAUUGCCACGAAAACAAUAAUAAAGAAAUGGCCGACGCGAAAACUAAAUAAAUUUCCACGUGAAGCCGACUUCGGCCUUUUCCGCUAGUCACGUGACAGCGCCCUCGUCAGAAGGGCCGAUCGUUGCGGGUCUUCCGAAAGAGGAGGGCGCCAAAUAGGAAGUUGAAACGAUGAGCUCCGCCAGCUGCUGUCAGCGGCGAACAACGACGAAGCGGACACAUCCAAUGACCGAGUGACCCAGUCGGUCAGCGGGUCCCGCUCUCGCAGAAAACGAGCUCCUAGCACGUCGCAUACAUCUGAGCCAUGGAGUCCGACGGCUUGUGCAUAUGGCCUCGUAUGGAGCCCUUCCUCCUUGGAGCCUUACCGGUGGCGCCGACCUCCAAGCUCAGCAUGCACUACCUCCGCAAGAUGGUGGUUUAUGUGCGAACACGUGACGGCUUCCCCAUUCUGUGUUGGUCCAAGUGGCGGCACAUGGCGUGUGGGAAGCUGCAGCUGCCAGAAGAGCUGGCCUGGCUGUACUUUGAAGCCUUCGACCUGCUGGUUGCCCACACGGCUGAGGAGAAACUGGAGCGUGCAGAGUCCUUCUCCCAGUGCUCUUCCAAAAGUGAGCUGGACCAGCAACGGAGGAAGAUGUCUGUGGACACGCUGCAGUUCCUACUCUUCCUCUACAUCCAGCAGCUCUACUGGGUCUCUCUCAGGACCUCUCUGAUUGGGGAAGAGUGGCCCACCCAUCGGACCCGGUCCCCGUCCCCCUCGGAGAGAGACGCCAAGAAUGACUCACAGAACAAGAACUGGGACGACCAGGCCCACCUGUCGUUUGUGCUGAGUCACCUGUCUGAAAUUCUGGAGCUGCUGGUAGAACCGGGUCAGCUGUCUCAGUCUGGACAAGCUCUUCGUGACUGUCAGAUCUCUCUGGAGGCCGUACGGAGUCUGGACCUGCUCCUGGAGGGGCCGGGCUCUCAAGGCAAAGCAGUCCAGCCAGUCCACAGGCUGCUGACCAGAGGUCCGCUCCAAGCUCAGGCGGGUUUCUCCUCACUCAGCCGCUCCUUCUCACUGCACAAGCUGCUCACUUGCCUGCAGAAGCAUCUGACCAUCAACCCUUUUGGGAUGACGGCCUGCAGGCGCGUCGGCAAGAAGCUGGCCUGGGCCCAACAAGUGGAAGGAGCAUUGAAGCGGGCCAAGAUCGCUCGGAACACUCACAUGGCUCCUCCGGGCAGUAAGAUGGUUCUGAUGUCUCAGGUCUUCAAGCAGACUCUGGCCAAAACCUCCGACAAGCUGAUCGGCGCCAACGUCAAGAUCCACCGCUGUUCAGACGCCUUCAUCUACCUGCUCUCUCCCCUCAGGUCUGCAAGUGUGGACAAAUGCAGAGACACCACUGUGGUUCUGGGUCCAGUAGAAACCAGCGUCCACAUACACAGCUGCCAGAACGUGCGGGUGGUCUGUGUGGCUGGCCGGAUCGUUGUGGGAACCUCCUCACGCUGCACCCUCCACAUCCUCACACCGACCCGCCCACUCCUUCUCCCUGGAAACACUGACAUCACCCUCGCACCCUUCCACACCUUCUACCCGACCCUGGAGGAUCACAUGGCCAGUGUGGGUCUGGCAGUGGUGCCCAACGUCUGGGAUCAGCCACUGCUUCUGGGCACUGAAGGUCUGGUCAACCCAGACUCCUCAUGCUUCCGCCUGCUGCCCCCUGCAGAGUUCUGCUCUCAAGUGGUCCCCUUCCACAUGGAGGGGGACACGUGUGAGGUCCCAGGGGGGCUGCCACCUCAGUACCAGGCUGCACUGGCCGACAAGCAGAAGAGCAUUCAGAGGUGGCAGAAGACUGUGUUGGCAGCGGGUCUGGACAAGGAGCAGAAGAGCAGGUUCCAGAAGCUGGUGGAAGCAAAGUUCCGCGAGUGGCUGCAGGAGACGGGACACAGGCAGGAACUGGACAGUCUGAUCCCACCCUCCACGUCACAGCUCAAGACCUGUGACGGGGACAAAGCUGGUCCUGAGUCCAUGUGUGGCAAGAUGGAUGCCCGGUCAUCGCUCACCUGCUAAGAACAGCCGUGGCCGAGCAGCUCAGUUAUCUCACGCUGCAGUUCAUGCAGUUGGAACUACUAUAUACUAAUUUAUCAGCCAUAAUAUUACAUCCCAGACCCUGCUGCACCUUCAGUCGGAACGUUGACUUGACUGGAUCCCUGAACCACGGUAGAAGAAUCCUGUCAGCUGUGAGACUAGAGCUCAGGUGCUGAAUGCUGGAGGGUUGAAACAAACGGACGACGACUCAUACUCCUGAGCUGGCACUGUCAUUCACAUCAUGAAUUGGGUGUGUGUGUCUCUGUUUUCUGCUCCUUGUUGAAUAUUAGAUUUCAUGAAUGUGCCUCAUGUACUGAAACCGUCCUGAAACCAUGUGAAGGGAAGCUCAAGUGUUACUGUAUGACCCAUCAUCAAAUGCCUUAUUGCUGUUUCUCCUGAACUUGAGCCUGAAUGUAACAUGCUGUAUCAAAUAGAUCACUUAAUAAAAAAAAAAAAGAGUUAUUUUAUUGGUUUGAACACACU